CACCGGCCGGCGCUGGGCCCAACCCCGCUCCAGGCAGGAUCAAUCCGACAGCCGUAGGGCUGCCCUGCAGUUGCCUGUGUAGCUUCCACGCCGCGCUGGGGGUGGUUGAGCGUUUUAAUAGCACUCGGUUUAUUCUACGUCCCUAGCAAGCCCCGCUUCCCCCUUGGAAAAGCGCCCUGUUUUGACUUGCCUUCCCUUUUAAGUCAGGCACAUCUUCGGGCGCCCUAUUCUGCGCCCGAGGGGAAGAAAGGCCCCGUUCUCCCAAGAUGGCGGCGCCGGCUGGUUACCCGGGGGCUCUGCGCGCCGCUAGCUUAGAAGGCCCCAAAGAUGGCGAUGCUGGCAGAGCCCCGUAAAAAGCAGAAGUGGUCCGUGGAUCCUAGAAACAGCGCCUGGAGUAAAGAUGAAUCCAAAUUUGGCCAGAAGAUGUUGGAAAAAAUGGGAUGGUCCAAAGGAAAGGGUCUUGGGGUUCAGGAACAAGGGAGCACAGAGCACAUCAAGGUUCAAGUGAAAAACAACACACUUGGUUUAGGAGCAGCCAUAAAUUAUGAGGACAACUGGAUUGCUCAUCAAGAUGACUUCAACCAACUUCUGGCUGAACUGAAUAAUUGCCACGGGCAAGGUGAAUCAGAGCCCUCUAGCGAGCAGAAGAAGACAUUCAGUCUUGAAGAGAAAUCCAGAUCCUCCAGGAAACGUGUUCAUUAUAUGAAGUUUGCAAAAGGAAAGGAUCUCUCUUCCCGCAGUGAAGAUGACCUGUCCUGCAUUUUUGGGAAACGACAGAGUACAAAAACUGAGGAGGACAACACCUGUGCAGAUUCUCCGGAAGAGGACAGAAAAGAAGACCAUGGGAUGCCCAACUCAGUGGACCAUAGUAAUACAGUGACCAGCACUAUGACGGUGCAAGAGUAUUUUGCCAAGCGCAUGGCAAAACUGAAGAAAUUCCAGAAAGAACCAGAGAGUGAGUUAGCUGAUCCUGGCACGACCAUGGCUGAAGACUUAGAGUCUUCACAAGGACUGAAAACCAAAUCCAAAAAGAAAAAGAAAAGCCGGAAAAAUGCUGAGGCAGAGAACGUGGACAGUUAUGAAGAACCAAAGGUGAAACGCUCCAGAACAGAUGGCUUGUGGGAAGAAGAACUGGAGACAGCAAACACUGAAUACCAACCAGGGAAAAAGAAAAAGAAAGCUAAAGAUCCACGCAACGGUGAAGAUGUCAGUUGUGAUGGAAAUUCUUGUGUUUUCCCAGGGAGUGGAGAAAUUUACCCUGGAACAUCUGACGGGGAAAAUCUUGGUGAAGAAGACUCCGAGACAAAGCAAAAGAAACCAUAUAAGAAAAAACACAAAAAGCAGAAAAAAGAGGCAGCUGAUUAUGUCGACGGAAUGCAGAGAAAAAAGAAGAAACAUUUGAGUUAACUUAGCAGCAUCUUGGACUUAAGAAUGAGUUAGAUGUUGACAUGUUGAAUAUGAAGCCUUCGGUAAAUGCUAGCCAGACAUCAAAAUGUAGUUCAUCCUAUGUGUAGCACUCUCUCUAUCUGUACUGAAACCUCAGACUCUUUAAACACAGCUCUUGUUGGCAGGGCGGGAAUACAUUGUCUCGUCAUAGGUGGGGAUGAAGCCUGCUAUUAACUGUUGUACAUAACAGUGCUGUGGGCCAGGCUUUCCCCAAGUCUGCAAAGCAUGGCUUAAAUGUAGUUAGGCUCUGCCUGUGCUUAAGUCAGUCUCUCUCUCUCUCUCUCUCUCUCUCUCUCUCUCUCUCUAUACUUUAGCACAGAGGACCUAAACCUACUCUCGCUUACACUGGUAUCAUUUCACUGAAGUCAGUCACCAGUUGCUAGUGUGAGAAAAGAACAGGACUGCGUUAUAAUAGAAAAUGCCUACAGAUCACUACCCUAUCCACUGCCCUCUUCCCAGCCUUGCAAAAAUUUAAUUCAGUUGCCUUUUUUAUCAUCCCUGAUUUCUUUUGUGCCCGUGCAGUUGCCUUCUGUGAGUCUGAGCAUGUACCGUAUAGAUGUGUAGAACCUUUUCAUUGAUUUCCUUUUGCAGCUAAAAUGAAUUUUGCUUCCUCUUAAAAUGCCUGCUCUAAUUAAAGGAUUAUGCCCAUGUGUCAGUGCAGGAGAAUGGAACGAAAUAGUUCCUUUUGUUCCCUAGCCAAUAGUUAACUAUUGCCGGGUAGGUAUUAUGUUGUUACAAAGCUACACAAGAAUUCUUUUUAGUAGCCUUGUCUGUGUAGCUUAACUUUGAGUUUCAGGCCACAAUUCUGGUAUUUAUAUUGACCCAUUCAGUGUUCAAAAUGUCACACUUGAGGAGCUUUGUAUGUGGCAUACCUGUUAGCAAAAAAAAUAUAAACAAAUGUAGCUGUUCGCAUGCAUUGAGGGAAGGAGUUGCCAUUUGUACAAGGAAUACCUAAUUGAUUAGUACAAUUUAGCUAUUUAAAUUUAUUUUUUAAAAUUAGCUAUACAUUAGAAAUGGAGGACAGCUAAUGUUGGGACACACGACUCCCGUGGAGCAGUUUUGUACACAAGUGUAAAUGUUGAGGACCAGAUUCUGGCGCGCUUAGAUAGAGGGUGGCAGAAUCAGGGCCUGAGGAAGCAUUUUCUCUUGGACCUUUUUACAAACCUUCAGCCUGAUUCUGAUUUCAUUGACACCAGGGAGGAACUCCACUGAAGUCCGGAGAGUUACUCUGGAUUUCAGUCAGUGUAACCAAGUAGCGCUUGGCUUUUAAUAUUGUUGUAUUACAGCUGUGCAUUUGACUCUGGGCCAGAGUCUCUUUAUAUCACCACUCGAAAUCUGGAGUAACUCCACUGGCCUUGUCCUGACACAUAAAAAGGGAGGGGUUUUUUUUAUUGUGUUAGCGUAACAUGAUUGAAAACCCCACUGAGAUGCAGGCUAACGUGUAUGAACCUGCAUUAGCUGGCCGUGCUGUAGCCUGAGAGAAGCCUAUGCUGCACCACGGCCCAUUAACAUUGCUUCAGACCUGUUAACCUUCAUCUCAAUGGGCCUUUGCAAUUGUGUCAAGCUAACACAAUUGAAAAAUGCAGCCUCUUUGCCCAUCCGGACAUAGCCAUUUCCUGCUGUGGGAUUAUUCCAGAUUUACAUCAAUGGAACAGCAGAUUUUGGCCGCCUCUACGUUCCACACUGUACUGUUUGGCUUUUAAUCCCUGUAACAUUUACUUUUCAGUGCUAUACAAAUAUUGGCCAUCAUGAUGCGGCUAUGGCUGGUGCUGCUACAUGGCUUUCGUAAGCAACAUGUCACUUACACAGUGUGAGUCUACUACAGACCUGAGGUAGAAAAAAGGGUCAUUUUUCUCAGUGAAAGGGGCCAGCUACACAUGCUGUGAUUUGCGGCGUGAGCAUUCUAAGUGGUGCAGGCCUACUUCUGAGACGCAAAGCAGAGUAGCACAGGCAACUCAUUGCUCCCAAUAGGCAUGCUGCCUAUUGAGGGCCAAAAUCUGACUUUUGACCUUGGUUUUUAGCUCUGCAUUGGCUGAGUGUUACAGCAUUUAUCGUGGAUGAAUUAAAACUCAAAGAUGCUAUUAAAUACUUUUUUUCCCCAAUUAA